AUGUCAUCACCUAAAGGGUUCAAAUAUGUUAUCGAACAUAUGGAAGAGGACGAUGAGAAUACAAAGGCAUUACCUGAAUGGGUGAAAUUGGAAUACUCCCACAUGCUCCAACUCGUCGGUCCAUCCUCCACCGUCCACUUCACAUCCCUUUCCUCCUCUUCCAUUCCCCCACUUACCACUCACCUCUCAGCUCCUAUUCCCACAUCAUCCAAGGAAGACCCCUCCAUCCAUCUAGUCUCUACAUCCAAGGGUCAUCCAACCACACUACCAAUCUUACAACUCCUCCCCACGCUCAAUCCUCCAAUUUCCAAAAAUCGAGUAUGUCUUCUAGACCCAAAAGCCCCCAAGGCACUUUGUCCAGAAGAUAAAGAAGUAUUUGACGUAUUUUUAUAUGGAGGUAUAUUAGGUGAUGAUCCUCCAAGAGAUAGGACGUCGGAAUUGAGGAAAUUGGGUUUUGAAGGUAGACAUCUAGGUGAAAAACAGAUGACUACUGAUACGGCUGUUGGGGUAACUAAGAUAGUGGUAGAAGAUGGAGUACCACUCGAUAAAAUACCUUAUACCGAUUUCCCAACUAUCACUUUCAACAAAUACGAAUCUAUCGAAAUGCCGUUUAGAUAUGUCGUAAACGAAGAAGGUGAACCAAUCUUACCUCCAGGUAUGAAAGAGCAUUUGAAAGCGGAUUUGAACAGAACUCUCGAUGACUUCUAG